AUGCUUGACGACAAGCGCUAUCGCAGUUUCAGCGAGCUCAGCUUCAGCACCAUGGUCCAGUCUUUCCGCGCUUAUCCUGACAGUGAUGCUAAAGCUUACGUCAAUUUCAAACUCUGCAGCUGUAGUGGCAUGCGGUGCACGGCUAAUGUCAUCGGUGGUUGCAUUCCGCUCGUUGCAUCACACAUUCACUUGGCCUCCGACGUCGAUGGUGAGAAUGGCUCGGGCCCUCCAGUGAUCAACUUCUGCAGCCUCUACAGGUAUCCUUGUGCCCGCUUUGAGAACCGUGUUCCGCUUCAGGCUAUGCAUGAGCUUGAUCACAAUCACCUCCACGGUUGCAGAAUCGGUGCCCAGAUUGAGGCUGCCGUUCAAGCUGCUGUGAUGCAAGCGUUGCGCCAGCUCAACAUCCCGGGAUUGGCCGCCGGGGCUAUGCCUGUGAAGGCUGCGGCCGCAACCAAUGCUCCUGGCGAUGAGCCGCCUCAGCCCGCCCGCAGGGUUGUUGUCGCAAGUGAUGAUGCAAACAAAGGACGUGGCCACCGGCCUGAUGCCGGGGGCCGAGGUAAAGGCAAGGGCAAUCCCAAGCCCAACCAGGCCCCCCCCGUGUCAGAUGGUGCGGGUUGGCAGUUGGUGCGUCCCAAAUCCCGUCGGGACCAAGAUGGCGAAUUCGCCCUUAGGGCGGAGGACUGGAGCGCCCCCAUCGUCGAGUUCUCCAAACUUGCUACUUUUCUUGACGGGGCGAAGCCGGGCACCACGCUCGAAGCGGUCGUUUACAUCAAGCCAGAUCAAAAGGACGUUGCUUCCAAUCUGAUCCGGGGUGCGGGUUCUCCUUACAAGUUUCUGCUGAUCUACCUUGACAAAAAGGACGGCGUUCGCACGCCGGGGCUUGUCGAUGGCAGGCUUGUGUUCCGACAGGCUGUGGUCAUCCAGCUUUCUUCGGAUAAGAACUUCGGUGGCGUCCCGCAGCCCAAGGGCAUCAACGCCACAGCCGUAAAGAUUCAACCAGCCACGGAGACAGCAGUCCUGUUCAUGAAGGUAUACAAAAAUUUUGCGUCAGCUGACUUUUGGAAGCGUUUCGGUUCCAACCCCAACCGGUCGCUUGUUCAAUGGGCAAGUCAGCACCGCAUGCGCGUCCUUGAUACGUUCUCCUGGGCCAUCGAAAAGGGUCGAGCGGACGUUGGGGAGCUGUUUGGUGGAAUGGCACGGGUCCGUAAGACCGACCUUGAAGCUUUCUUGCAGCUUUCCGGCACUCAGGGAAUCUUUAUCGAUACGGCCCGCAGGCAUGGCGUUCAGAGCAAAGUUACGUGGAUUGACAGAACCAGUGGGGAGACCCCCAGUGCCUAUCAUGAGCGAGCGUUGCGGCAGGGCUCUGACCUGGGCCUGGUCACGAAUGCCAAUCGCCUUGGAUGGCGAAAGAAGCUCGCUGCAGGUGAGACGGAGCAGCGGCUCUGGCAAGUUGAUGGCCUACCCUUCGAAUGGGAUGACGAAAGCGUGAAGCAGCUCCUGGAGUCCAACUUCGGGGAAAUCACAAUCAUUUCACAUCGCCGCUCUCGUUUGGGCCAGAACUUCCGUUUCAAGGCAGCCUCCCGCCAAGAAGGUCGUGACAUCGUCCCUCUGGUUGCUGAGGGUGCCAACGGAACCCACACCACCUACUGGGCCACCUGGGCUCUCCCUGCCAACGUCGCUGUCCGUCGCAAGCCACUUCCUCGCACAGCAGUGCCUGUUGCGCAGAUCCCUGAGCUCAAGACCGUCACUGCGCCGUGCAAGCAGGGGUCCACGCAGGAUGCCGAACCCAAGGAAGACGGAACCGAGGCUAAGCCUGUGCCUGAGGCCAAGCGUUCCAAACAGGAGGUUCGUGCGCUGCCUGAUGACCUCAUCCGCAAAACCGUCCCCACUGAUGGCUCAUGUUUGUUUCAUGCGGUGAGUCAAGGUCUCCAGUGGCUCAAGGAGGACCGUGAUGUCCAUCCCAGGAUAUUGCGCGCUGAGACGAUCGACCACAUGAGACGACAUGCCCCUACGUAUGAAGCUGAAUGGGAUCACAAAGGCCCUGACGGGGGCGAUUUCUCAGGCACUUUCGAAGAUUACUUGACCAUCAUGGAACAGUCCACGUCCUAUGCCACGGAUGUGGAGUUCAAGGCCCUUGCCAGGGUGCUUGACCUGAAGCUCGUUGUCAUUCCUGCAGGCACCCACUGGCAUCCGAUGUGCUUUCAUCACAAGGCCAAACGCUUGUUAGUGCUGUGGUACGAUGCUUUGCACAUAGAUCUUUUGUUGCCCAAAGACGGUGCCACGAAAUAUCCGGAUUCGUAUGUGCAAAUCACUGCGGGCCCCACUGGGG